AUGCAGUGCUGCGACUCACAAUUCGAUGUCCUCGUCAUCGGCGGGGGUCCUGCCGGGCUAGCGGCUACCAUGGCCCUGGGACGGGCAUGCAGAACAGUGGCCGUCUUCGACUCCCAGGAGUAUCGCAAUGAGGAGGCCUUACUGAUGCAUAAUGUUCUGUGUCACGAUGGGCAAAAGCCCAGUCUAUUUAGAGCUCAGGCCGUGCAAGAGAUCAUGGACAAAUAUGAUACGGUCUGCUUCUUCGAUAGAGAGAUUAUCAGCGCUAGUGCCCGGAAGACCGAUCAAGACUACCCCAGAUUCGAAGUCACGGACCGAACAGGUCGCACAUGGAUCGGACGGAAGUUGAUUAUCGCUUCUGGAAUAAAAGAUAUUUUUCCAGACAUAGAAGGAUAUAAGGAGCUUUGGGGUCGUGGAAUUGUUCACUGUCUUUUUUGUGACGGUUAUGAGAAACGAGGUGGUCGUGUUGGUGUUCUCGGUCAGCCUUCAAUGGAUGACUUGGACUCUGUUCUACUUGCCUUUCCACUUGCCCACAAUGAUCUGACCAUAUUUACAAAUGGAGCACCAUAUCUUGUUGACCCUGAGACGCGGCAACCACUCGAUAUUGCGAUAGCCCGGGGUGCCAAUAUUGAUGGGCGCGCUAUCAAACUCAUUUCACAGAUACCAGAUGGAACAGGCGUCAAGUUAUGUUUUCACGAUGGAGAGGAUAAGGACCUUAGAAUGCUUUUGAGCUCUCCUAAAAGCAUAAACCGUGCUGCCAGUCUUGUCGAGGAGCUCGGCCUUGAGACUCAGCCACGGUCGAGGGGACUUGUGGUGUCCAAGUCUUCCAUGGGCGAGAGCAGCCUUCGCGGAUGUUUCGUGGCUGGUGAUGCGUCUUCCUCUGUGCCUAAGAUCGUUCCAAGUGCCUUGGCGUCUGGAUCUCUUGCCGGAAUAGGAGCUGCAAAACAGCUGGCUUAUGACGAUGCGCUUGAAGCAUUUCAGAAGAUGGCACCUACAGGAGACAGACCGUGA